AUGCCAGGUGAAAGUCCAGCAAAGAGGAAGAUUGAGACGGAUGAAUCGUCAAGUCUAAAACGAACCAAACUGAUUGGACAUGAGGACCUCAAGACAACAAUCAUCAAUGAAGUGAAACAGAUUUUUGAAGACCGCAUUGCUAGAUUAGAAUCAAGAGUCAAAUUUUUGGAAGACGAAUUGGAUUUGGAAGAGAAUGAGUCUAAGGGUGUAGACCUGAAAAAUGCUGUUGAAAAGGAAGAAAAACCCAGUGAGAAUGGUCCGGUUUCCAUACAGAAGAAAUCGCCACCUCCCCUACCCCCUAGAGUCACAUUCGGUAAACCGCCAUUCCAAUUCAACUCCAAUAAUGGCAAUAACAAAGCCAAUGAUGCCAAAGUGGAGGCAAAACUCAUCAAAUCAAGCCCAAACCCUGUAUUUGGAGCCACCACGUCUUUUGGGAAUAUGAACAAUAAGCAAGAUCCUGUCGUACAGAAUCUGCAAAAAACAACUACACCUACACCUACACCUACACCUUCUUUUGGUACAUUUGGUUCCAAGUCGCGUUUCGGAAAUGCAUUUCAAGAAUCAUUAAAGCAGAAGUCAUUCUUAGACUCCUCGGAUAACUCUACUGACAGCAGUGGUGCUAGAGUUGAUAGCAAAGAUGAAUCACAAGCAACCAAUACAACUCAGCAAUUCAAACAAGUUGAUUUGAACCCUGUAGAACAGUCCACGGGUGAAGAAGACGAGAGAUCGUUAUUCAAUUGCACAGCAAAGUUGUUUGAGCUACAAUUGGCAAACAUAACAGAAGGAUGGAAAGAGAGAGGUGUAGGACCUUUGCAUUUGAAUCAGUCUGUUCACGACCUGAGCCAAGUGAGAAUAGUGAUGAGAUCUCAGGGAUUGUUGAAAGUGAUUUUGAACUAUAAAAUACAAAGAACAACUGAGGUGUUGGAAGGAUUAGAAGCGAGCUUGGCACCUGAGAAAUAUAUUCGGUUCAAUUCAGUUUCAGAAGGAAAGCCAAUACAAUAUUUGUUGAAAUUUACCAAUCAACAGGUUAGGGACGAUUUGAUCAAAAAUAUCAAUGAUUUGAAGUCAAAGAUGUAG